UCGGCGAAAAUUAUUUGUAUUAAAAUAAACAAACUAUUCAUUUAUAUUAGAUAAUUUCAUAAUUAAUAUACCAGGAAGAGAGAGCAAUGGAGCUUUUAUUACAAUUAGCGGUGUGCGUUUUACUGUCGCGAAUGAUCUCAGCAGAGGAAAUCGCGGAGAAUACAUCGUUCAUAGCUACUAAAGAAUGGAAGGAAAUAAAAGAAGGACAAGGCAUACCAGCCGGAUUGCACGUCCGAAUAAAUUUACAAACUGGUAAAAAGGAAGCUAAGCUAAUAACGGAUAAUGAGGAGCAAUUAAAUGCUGGACAAACAAAUGAUGAAUCAAAAAACUCUAAUGCUUUAAUAACAAUUUACGACAGCGUGGAUGAGGAAGAAUUAAAAAACUCUUCCCGUUUAAGGAAUAGUUCAGAGCAAUUAGCCAUUGAACACAACUCAAGUGAAAUAGAGAAAAUCAAAAAUGAUUACAAAUCUUAUAAAGAGCUGCGAAAAACUUACGAAGGUAUGCGUAAACAUUUUAAAACCGAUGCCGAAAUUAUUGUACGACUUAUCGAAGAAUUUGGAGAUGUUAUAACAUAUAACAAGCAAAAUGAUCAGUCGCGACUGAAUGCUCAAUUGAAAAUAUUAACUAAUUUCAAUUAUUUGAUGUCUCAAUAUGAUAACGCGCUAACGUUUGUGGAUCAAGGGGGCUUGGAACGAAUACUGCUACCACUUGUUGUCAAUCAGACACAUUUAUCCUUAAAAGUAGAAGCAAUGCGCGUUUUAGGUGCUAUGGCCCAAAAUAAUCCGAAAGUUCAGGUAAAAGUUUAUGAAAAGAAUUUCGGCCCAUACCUUACCCAGAUAUUACUCUCAUCCAGUAACACAGAAGAGCUGUCUUCAGCAUUAUAUGCUCUUGGAAGUUUAUUACGUAAAUUUCCUCAUGCUCAACAAAAAAUUUUGUCUACAUCGGGUACACAAGCUCUAGUGUCUCUGCUCGGCAAAGAUUGUGAAUUAAAAAUUAAAGCAAAGGCAAUUACUUUAAUUAGCGAUGUGGUUGUUGAAAAACAGUUAAUUGUAAUUAAUGAUGAUCCUGUCGCUGCUGCUCAAUACGCAGAAUUAAAUUUCCCCGAAAGACUAAAAGAUAACUGGUAUUGUCAAACUACCGAUAAACUUAUGACCAGUUACUAUCAUGAAUUCUUAAAGGCUCCUGAUUUAUUGGAAUAUUUUAUACAUGCGUUAGAGAGCACAGAACCUUUCUGCAAUCGAAUAUGGGGAAGCAGUGAGCAAUUAUAUUACACAUUAAAUGCAUUGCAAUUCGAACAUGGAAAAUCGAAUAAUGAAUAUUGCAAUGAAGUUGCUGAUCUUCUGCGUGAUAUAACAAAAAAAAUACGAAAAUAUUUUAAAGAACUUUAAAUGAAGUUUCGUUUUUCAUUGUUGCAAACGUAAUUACAAGGCUGCGUAAGAAAGGACUGUUGUUUUCUAGUUUGUAAAGAAAUUAUACUUUUGUUCUUUAAUCAAAAAACAAAAAAUUACUCUGUUAUAUAUGUUUCACUUAAAU